UUCAACAAGUGUCAAAGCUCUUUUGCGUCUUCGUCUCCGUCUCGUCGUCUCUCUUCGCCACAGAAUGGAUCGUGCUGCAGAAGCUUAUGCUCUUAUGUGUAACUGGAGAAAAAAUCAUCCUCCUUCUUCCUCUUUCCCUCAGAGAGGUUCAAGUGCAUCAGAUUCUGCAGUGUUGAGGAGUUUGAGAGAUCAUCCUCCUUCUUCUUCGUCUCUUGUCAAACUUUCUCAGCUUACUACUGUCAACAACAGAUACGAGUCCCCUCCUUUCUCGUCUGGUGGAUACAGAUGGAGGUUGGUUGUAUACCCUAAGGGAAACGAAGAAGACAAUGGAAGUGGAUUUGUGUCAAUGUAUGUGGAACUUGACAAAAGCUGCCUCUCAUCUACAACAACAACACCCAAAGAGGUCUUUGCUUAUCUCUCUUUGUUUGUCUUUAACAAGAAAGAGAACAAGUACUUCUCUGUUCAAGAUGUGGAAGUAAAGAAAUUCAAUGCUUCACGAACUGUCUGGGGAGUGUCUCAAGUUCUUCCACUUGAGAAGUUCAAUGACCCUGCCAAUGGAUAUAUCUUGGAUGGUGAAGAACAUGAGUUUGGUGCGCAUGUGAAGAUUGCUUCAGCACCCGUCCCUGUUGAUGAGAAUCUCCCAUUUCACAAAUUCACUUGGAGUGUUCGUGAUUUCUCUCUUCUGAAACAGGGUGAUUACGUAUCCAAAACCUUUCAAAUGGGAGAGAAGAAGUGGACUCUAACAAUGUAUCCUAAGGGAGACUCUAGCACAGAGGGCGAGUUAUCCAAGUACUUUCAUUUAGCUGAGGGUGAAAGGUUAUUGACAGGUGAGAUGAUUAUGGUGCGAGCAAAGAUGCAAGUUCUAGACCCGCGUGGAUCCAAUCACCUAUCAGGAGGAUUCCUUCAAUGUUGGGUCAUGGCUUCAAACACAGCAUGGGGUCUUCCUCAGUCCAUCUCUUUAGCUGAAAUUGAGGAGAGCUACUUGGAUGCUGAAGAUACUUUGAAUGUAGAGAUGGAAUGUGAAAUCACUAGCACCACCAAGAGCCACCCUUUCUUUUAGGCCACCCUCUCAGUCUGUGAUAUGACUUACCUACUACUCUAUUCUAUGUGUGGAGACUGAAUGUGAAGUUAACACUCUUAUCUAUCUAAUUAGCUACGAUGCAUGCAUGUGUGACUACUCUGUUCUCUGUUGUAUGCGUUUGUUUAUUAAGGAUCUUAAUUAUGGUUUGUGUGUUGAGCUUUUGUUUAUUCCUUAAAUCUGUUUUAUUA